GCAGGCGCACGAAAAGGUGCAACAGUGGCUGGAGAAAAACAACAACAUUCAUUGGAACAAGGGUGGAACUUAUGGCAGUGCGAGACGACCCCAGAUUUCACUGAUCUAGUCCACAUCUGAGCCCCUUUUCACUUCGGCUUAAUCUGUAAAUGGUGUCGAGCCCAUGAACCUGGCCAGUCAGAGCGGAGAGGCCGGCUGCAGCCAGCUGCUCUUCGCCAACUUUAAUCAGGACAACACAUCCCUAGCUGUUGGUACCAAGUCAGGGUACAAGUUUUUCUCCUUGUCAUCGGUGGACAAAUUGGAACAGAUCUAUGAAUGUACUGACACAGAAGAUGUGUGCAUCGUGGAGAGAUUGUUCUCCAGCAGUCUCGUCGCUAUUGUCAGCCUUAAGGCUCCUAGGAAACUGAAGGUCUGUCAUUUCAAGAAAGGGACGGAGAUAUGCAACUACAGCUACUCGAACACUAUACUGGCUGUGAAACUAAACAGACAGCGAUUGAUCGUGUGUUUAGAGGAGUCACUCUAUAUCCACAACAUUAGGGAUAUGAAAGUACUACACACCAUUCGAGAGACCCCUCCCAAUCCUUCCGGACUAUGUGCCCUCUCAAUCAGUAAUGACAACUGCUACCUGGCCUAUCCGGGAAGUGCAACGAUUGGAGAAGUACAAGUUUUUGACACAGUCAACCUGAGGGCAGCUAAUAUGAUACCUGCCCAUGACAGCCCACUAGCAGCACUGGCAUUUGAUGCAAGUGGCACUAAAUUGGCCACGGCUUCUGAAAAGGGCACCGUAAUCCGUGUGUUCUCGAUUCCAGAAGGCCAAAAGCUCUUUGAGUUCAGGAGAGGGGUAAAGAGAUGUGUGAGCAUCUGUUCCCUGGCCUUUAGUAUGGAGGGACUCUAUCUGUCUGCCUCAAGCAACACAGAGACGGUUCAUAUUUUUAAGCUGGAGACCCAGAGAGAGAAGUCAGUGCCUCAGGAGGAGCCCACUACUUGGACAGGAUACUUUGGGAAAGUGUUGAUGGCCUCCACAACAUAUCUGCCUGCACACGUAACAGAGAUGUUCACUCAAGGACGGGCGUUUGCUACAGUCAGACUUCCCUUUUCAGGACACAAGAACAUCUGCGCUCUGGCCAUAAUUCAGAAGAUUCCACGGCUGCUGGUGGCGGCUGCAGAUGGCUAUCUGUACCUGUACAAUCUGGACCCUCAGGAGGGAGGAGAAUGCACACUAAUGAAACAGCAUAAGUUGGAUGGAAGUGCAGAGCCGGCGAAUGAGAUUCUUGAACAGACAGCUCACGAUCGGCCGCUUGUGGCCCAGACCUACAGUGCUGCUGUUGCCAAAGGUUACAGUGAGGAUCAGGGGGCAGUAGGGGGAGCUGGAGUGGAGGACGACAUGAACACCCUCCACCUGGAUGAAGAGAACGAGCAGCCUCCAUUAAUCCUGGAAACAGACUGAGCCGCUGCCAGAAGAUGGAGCCGACUGAGUGACAUUGCAGAGGGGGUUUUCCUCCUCUGGUGCUGCUAUGGACAUGUCUGACCUGAUAGAGAAAGGGAUUAAAAGAGAGAUCAUUUUAAAGCAAGCCUAGCUGUAGCCUUAUUCUGUCAAUUGUUGCGUGUAGAUGUUUUCCUCCUCUCCCCCCUGCAACCUUUGUGGCUUUCUAAAACCCUGCUGAAUUCUUUCAAUUCCCUUUCUUUCUUUUUUUUCUGUUUAAUUUCUUUUAAAUUCCCAGUCCUUAAUCAGACCAAACUAUGAAAUCUGAGCUGCAGGUGUCACGUCUCUUAGCUUUGCAUGUACAUGUGCCAAGAUUAGAAAUCCUAGAAAACCUUUGCUUUCAUGUGGAUUAUUCUGAUGUGUUUGCUGGCCAAUUCUCCUCUUGAGCUUUGUCUUUUUUCAAAUAUGAUUGAAAGCAAAACUGGCUUGCACCGCCUGCUAUGUCACCUUACCACACAGUGUCCCUUACCAAUCAUCAACAUCUGUGGCAAGAUGUGAUGUUUGUCCUGUAAUGAUGUAAAUGGCGUGUUAAAAUAACAUCCUGGGGUUUUUAAACAGGCUAAGAGGGUUGUUUUCUCUCAGAUUACUUCAUCUAUAAGCGCACAUGCUCUAUGAUGCUCUCUUUUAAUUCAUUCUAUGGUUAACCAAUUCAGCAAUGGUUUCUUUUUGACUUUAAAUUACCCCCAACAUCUUUCUCAGGCCUGUUCAUCGAAGAGCUUUUAUUAUUUUAAGUACCUAACACCAUUGUAGACAUGACUGAUGAAGGUGUUUAAUGUUUUGAUUUGAAGAACGUGGCUUCGAGAGGCUGUCAGACGCCAUUUUGUUGCCAUGUGGUAAAUAAUGAAGGAGGGAAGGUCAAGAUUUAUUCUAAAUACCAGCAGGUGAUGAUUUCUCAUGACAUGACAGUGUCUUACGUUCGGUAGGUUCCUUAUUGUUUGCUAAGAGGAAAAGCAUCAUAUAUCUCACUGAAUCCAUCAGGUUUUUAAGGAAACGGUCGCAACAUUUAGCUUACAAACAGGGGAUGUGUUCUCACAGACAUCCCUGUGGACUGCAGUUUGAACAAACAGGUCACAUGGUCAGGCAGUUGAACCAGAACAGGUCAGAAGUAUAAUGUGAUUUCCAGGGUUCUUUUGAAAAAUAAAUAAAGAGGACCAGGGUUUAUGAAUGUGAUAACCAAAUAUUAGUCGGUGUGUCCAAUUACAGGCGUUUGGAGACGCUGCCUCAAUUCUGGGAGCUCAAAAGGAUCUCGAGAACAUUUUUAUGCAUGAUUUUUUUUCUUUCUUUAGCAUGUUUUGAUGUUGCCUAUCAACGAUUGACUUACAUCCUCAUCAGCCAAUGAGCUCAAAUCCCCCAUGGCCACUUUAAUCUGUUUUCUAAUGAUUUUUGUAUAAAAUGUAAAUUGUUCCAUAUAAAGAUGAAAUAAAUCCCCUGUUGAAAGUG